AUGUCUUCGAAUAUGGACUACACCCUUUUCAGCUAUUGGAGAAGCUCAUGCAGCUGGAGAGUCAGAAUUGUUUUGAGCAUCAAAAACAUCCCACACCAUUACCAUGCUAUCAAUCUUCUUUCAGGAGAACAAAAGGGCGAUGAGUUCAUUGAGAAGAAUCCUCUUAAGCAAGUCCCAUACCUACAUGGAGAAGGUGUUGGAAUAUCUCAAAGCUUAGCCAUUAUUCAUUAUCUUGAAGACAUCCAACCAACUCCUUCUGUACUUCCUUCUACACCGAUUCUUAGGGCCAAGAUGUGGGAAAUUUGUGAAAUAAUUAAUUCAUGGAUCCAGCCAUUGCAAAACUUGACAAUUAUUAAUAGAAUUGAAGCUCUAGGAGGGAAUAAAACUGAGUGGGCUGCUGAAGUUAUUACUGACGGGCUCAGAGCUGUUGAAAGAGUGCUAGAACAAGUUGCAGGGACAUAUUGUGUAGGUGAUCAGCUUACCAUUGCUGAUGCAUGUCUUGUUCCUCAAGUUUAUAACGCAAGAAGGUUUAAUGUGGAUUUGACUCCAUUCCCAAUUGUUUCCAGAGUUACUGAAGCUCUAUUAGCUUUGCCUGAAAUCCAAAGAGCUGCCCCUGAAAAUCAGCCUGAUGCAGUCAAAGCUUAA